AUGAACCCCCUCGCAGGCAAACACGCCGUCGUCGUCGGAGCCACCGGCACAAUAGGCGCCCACAUAGCCCAGGCCUUCGCAGCCCAAGGAGCAGUCGUAUCUCUCCUCGGCAGGACGGCCCUGCAAGCCCGAACCAAACUAGAGCCCCAACUCGCGCCCUACACAGCAUCACACGGCCAAAAUCCGCCAUCCGAUACGCCUACCAGCCACCGCUUCAUAAGGCUAGACGUCGCAGAUAGGGCGAGCAUAAAGCAUGUUUUUGGCCCUCGGGCCUCUCAGCAUGCCGAGCAGCACGUCGAGACGGUUGGGCCGCUGGAUGUUCUCGUCAACUGUGCGGGUAUUUCUCAGACUACGCUUCUGAAGAGGACGCCUGAUGAAGAGCUCGCUAGUAUUGUCGAUACGAAUCUGCUGGCUACCAUGCUUGUGUGCUGCAUCAUCAACGUCUCCAGCUUGAUGGCUACGAAAUCCGGCCUUGGUGUUACUGCAUAUUCCGCUUCCAAGGCAGGCGUUGUGGGUACGUGA